AAGGUGGUAUAUAUUCUCUCAUAACUACCCACAUCUUACUACAUACACAAAGACAUUGCUUCUUUUUGUACUAGUCCACAAAAAUAUAUCUUAAUUAAUAUAUAACCAUUACAAGAAUGGCAAGUUGUUCAGUUGUGAAGAUACUUUGCUUGGUGGUAUUGGCCAUGGUGGUGACAUCACCAGUAACACAAGCUGCCAUAACCUGUGGACAAGUGUCUAGCGCGGUUGCGCCAUGCUUAAACUACCUAAAGGUUGGUGGGGUUGUCCCGGCAGCAUGCUGCAACAGUGUUAGGUCGUUGAACAGUGCAACCAAGACCACAGCCGACCGUCAAGCUGCCUGCAAGUGCCUGCAAUCGGCUGCCAGCAGCAUCAAAGGACUCAACCUCAAUUUUGCCUCUGCACUUCCCGGCAAGUGUGGCAUCAACGUUCCUUACAAAAUCAGCCCCUCCACUAACUGCAACAGUGUCAAGUGAGCUUGAUGGAGCAUAUCGUGAUUUUCCAGCUUUAUAUUAGUAUAUAAUAUAAAAUAUGAGAAUAAAAAAGUACUGUGGGUGUCUUAUGACUAUAUAGCUCACAUCCGUACUUUUAUUUGGUCCUCUCCCUAGAGAGUCGCUUUUUAUUUGUAGCUGUAAUAUCAUGUUACGUUUUUAUGAUGAGUAAAGAAGUUAUAAUGGCA